CUAUAUGUUAGAAAACUUAGGUUCUCUAACAUUGUUUGUCAUAUUUAUGACAUUCAUUAGACACGUAUUAUAUAAUCUGAAAUUACGUAAACAUCUGCCUCCCGGUCCCACUGGACUGCCUAUUGUCGGUUAUCUACCAUUCCUUGGCAAUGAAGCUCACAAAGAUAUUGCCAAAUUGGGCGACAUUUAUGGAAAUGUUUUUACACUACAGUUAGGCAUACAUAACGUUGUUGUAUUGAACGAUUGGGAAGCCGUUAGGGAUGCCCUACAUAAGGACGCAUUUUUAGGACGUCCAUCAAACAGUCCGUUCACUUUUAUCGGCAACUCGACAAGCCUUAUUGACCAAAAGGGAAACGUAUGGCGAGAUCAGCGCCGAUUUGCAGCCAAAGUACUCAAAGAGACCACUUUCGGUAAGGGAUGUCUGGAAGAGAAAAUCUUAGCCGAACUUCGACACCUGAUCCGACUUAUCGACGGCGCCAACGGACGGCCAAUGAAUUUGCGGUCACUACUCAGGCCGAGUAUUUCAAAUAUUAUGUCUGAAUUGGUUUUCGGCCAUUCGUACGAUUAUAAUCAUCCGUUGCGCUGUGCAUUGGAUCAGAUGAUCAGUAUAGCCUACGAACGAUUUCCGGUCAUCGGCAGCUUAUCGAUGGCACCGGUAUGGUUUAGCAAACUGGUAUUAAGGGUGGGCGGCAUUGAUAAUAAAAAACAAUUUGAUACAGUAUUUGCCAUAUUUGACGAUGAAAUCAGAUCUCAUGAGAAAUCAUUUAAUUGGAAAAAUCGUAGCAAUAAUUAUAUCGAUUCAUAUUUAGGUGAAAUGCAAUUAAGGCAACAAAAAGAUCCCUAUACUAUGUUUACAAAGAGCAAAUUGAAUGCCAAUUGUCGACUAUUUUUCGGUGCCGGUAACGAACCGGUGCGGACAACCAUCGAAUGGGCACUUAUAUUGGUGGCCAGUAAUAGUGAUCAUCAGCUGAGGAUUCAACGUGAAAUCGAUAGUAUUGUAGGACCGGGUCGUCAGCCCUAUUGGGCUGAUAGGCCUCACAUGUCGUUUACCGAAGCCUUUAUGAACGAAGUAUUUCGUUGGAAAACUGUAUUCCCAUUAAACCUAAUGAGAAGCUCAAUAGAUAAUUCAUCAAUUUUGGGCCAUUUUAUUGCCAAAAAUACCCGCAUUUUGGCCAACAUAUGGGCCGUUCAUAACGAUCCAAAAGUAUGGGAUAAUCCCCGACUGUUCAAUCCAUGCCGUUUCCUAACAGAUGACGGCCGACAGGUUAUACCAGUAGACGCUUUAAUACCGUUUUCAACCGGUAAAAGGUCGUGUAUUGGCGAAUCAAUGGGUCGGCUACAGGUGUUUCUCUAUUUUGUUACACUAUUACAACGCUAUACAGUAAGUGUGGCCAAUGGAGAACUGUUAGGUUUUGAGGAUCGGUUCGGUCUAACCAUACAACCCAAAGAUAGAGUGAUACUUAGCUUUCAAAAGCGUAUCUAA